UUGACGAUACGGGACGAAUCGGUAAUGAUGACGAGUGUUUCCUUCGUUCAUUCCUGAAGCUCUGAGGAUUUUUUUUUCUUAGUCCACACCUAACCAUCAUUGGGUGAGAGCACUCGAGCUAUUCAGGUACUCAGCAGAGGAGGAGGCUAUUUAUAAGCGAGCACCCUUGUGUUUGCAGCUUAUGGAGUGCUGAUUGUGUAAAUACUGAGGGCCAGCGCACACAUUGGUGUUUGGACAGUGCUUAAAGUGGAUCCGCUGCAUUUUUUUUUUUUCUUUUGGAUAGAUUUGGUUUGAGUGCUUCCUUUUUAUUACCCAAAACAAACCAAGACUGCGUGAGGAAGGGAUGGCUGCACCGACCAAGUUCAGUUUUUCCGUGAGGAGCAUCCUGGAUUUGCCUGAGCGAGAUGCGGAUGCGGCGCCGCGGUCCUCCCCGGUUUACUCCUCUUGCUCCACCAGCUCGCCCUACAACUCCUGGAUCGACUGCGAGCGGAGUCUUUACAUGUCUUCUGAUGAGGGCAAUUUCGAGGCCUCUCCUGACUCAACUAAGCCCGAUGACCCGUCCCUCGAUUCAGAGCCCGAGCAGAGCAAGAAGAGCAAGAAACGCCGCGUUUUGUUCUCCAAGGCCCAGACCCUGGAGCUGGAAAGGCGCUUCCGCCAGCAGCGCUACCUGUCUGGCCCGGAGAGGGAACAGCUGGCCCGGCUCCUAAGCUUGACUCCAACUCAGGUGAAGAUCUGGUUCCAGAACCACCGCUACAAGAUGAAGCGAGGGCGAGCAGAGGGAGCUCUACAUGACAUAGAAAUACCGCAGCCGCCGGUGCUGCGUAGAGUCGUUGUACCGAUCCUUGUCCGGGACGGGAAACCUUUUCACACGUGCUUACUUGACUCUGAGAAAUUUGGCUGUUUACCUCCCUCAUCUCAGGGUGUACGCUUCCCUUUAGCUUACACAUCUCUUCAGCAUCCCUCCCCGGUUGCUUUUCCUCCGAGGUACCACCAGCACUUUCCAGCCGCGGCGGCGGCGGCCUCCAGCCUCAUCUGGAGAGACUUUUGGAGCGAUUCGGUUCAGCUUAAUUCUUUCAAGUGAAGGUCUCGUUUCAACGCACAAACUCAUUUAGAAUGGCAUCAAAUGUUUUCUGAAUGUUUUGUAAAUGUUCGAGCAACUUAAACGUUUAGAUUUUCUCUAUAGAAUGGAUGAUACUUUGCACAUUUUAUCUGGAGACUUUACGCAUGUAUGCGAAUAUUUUAAAUGCUGUAGCCUUUAGAUUUGUAAUUAUCCGACCAGAUGUAUUUGCGUGAUUUUUUAAAGCCUCUUAAAUGUAUUAUCUGCAUAAAUUACUUGAUAAUUGAGUUCCAGUAGCUGCACUAGGCUGUAAUAGAAAAGGACUGGAGAGAAUAGGGGCAAAGCCACUGAGGUAUGGAGGGAAUAUAUGUUGUUGUUAAGGAUACUUUCGUUAAAGAUAUAACUUUCUUUUUGUGAACAAAAUUAUUAAUAAAAUUCUUCAUAUUUUGUAUGAUA